GUUGGCGCCAGCAUCAACCUAGAUGUCGCUCUAGUUGGCUCGCUCAAUGCUGUUAUUUUCUGCACAUAUGUAUAAAUAUUUACGUAAAUGUAUAAAUAUGAAUAUUUGCAUGUGCUAUCAUAUGCAUAUCACAUACAUUUAUUACAAAAUGCCUGAGCAGCAGAAGAUUUUGAGGCUACAGGACGUUUGGCGUACUUGUAAUAAAAUCCGAGCGGCAAUUUUUCGCGUGGGUUUUAAUUUAUGGAAUUUUUACAAACCGCUAGAUCCUAACAAUAAUUGUUUAAUCUCAGAGUCGAAAUUUAUUUCGGUAUUGGCUGGGCCGCUGAAGGAUCAAAUUGGUUUAUCUGACAAAGAAAUUUCCGAUUUGGCCGAUUAUUUCCGCGUUCAGGAUGGUCGAAUAUUUUACACCCAGUUUUGUGAAAUAAUUCACGAUAGUGCUCCUGAAUUCGACAAAAGCGAACCGCUUGUAACUGGUUUGGAAUGGGAAGACCCAGAGCAUGUAAAUCGUAUAAGUGCAACGGAACAUCGAAAAUUAUGUCUCAUACUCACUCAAAUUGCCGUUCUUAUAAACAAAAGAAGACUCGUGUUGAGGCCUUACUUUCAAGAUUACGAACUGAUUGCAAAAAAUGCUGGGACUGUAACAUUCACGCAUUUCGGACGAAUCCUAAAAUUUCUAGGUAUCGUUCUUGCUUCCGAAGAAUUCUGUUUGCUUGUAAAAAGAUUCGCGAAAGAUGCUUAUACGAUCAACUAUGUGGCCUUUUUAAAGGCGAUUGACGAAAUUCAAUCUUACUUUGAUAAACAUCAAAUGCUGGCUCUUGGUGGAGAAUUACUUGAUCAAUUUCCUGGUCGAAUUAUUACGGCUGAAUUACCGAAACUUCCAAGGCCGGAAAUUGGUAAAUUCAUACCAAGCAAAGUAUUUGGGAAACAAGCUGUGUUCCAUCCGGUAAUGAAAGAACGAAGAAGUACAAUGCCCUUGAUAGAAGUUAUUCAACGUAUUCAAAGACAUAUCUUUGAAAAUCGAUUACGCAUUUCGGAAUUCUUUAAGGAUUUUGAUCCUUUGAACGCGGGCAAAACGACGAUUUCCAACUUCAAAAGAGGAUUAGAUGGUCUUCAGAUUUCGAGCUUGGGACGCCUUUAUCUUGCGGAAACGGAAAUUGACGCGCUCGUUACGCUUUAUAAAGACCCAAAUGAUCCUGAUCGUGUAUGUUGGCGUACAUUCGAAGAUGACAUCGAUAAAGUGUUUACCGUGAAAGAAAUUGAAAAGCUGCCCAAUUUGAAGAUUGAGUCACCGCCAAAAGAAAUAGCGAAACUAAGUCGAAAAGGAGCGUCUAAUUGGCAAUGCGAAGGGAAAGAUAUAAGAGAUCUUUGUGAGAAAACAUUAUUAAAAGUUCGACAUCGAGUCGAGGAAAGAAGAAUUAUGAUAAAACAAUUUUUUAAGGAUUAUGAUCGACAUAACAAAGGUCACGUAUCGCGUUCGCAAUUACGUCAAGUUCUAAGAACUGCGGCUGUACUACUUUCUGAAGAAGAGGAGUUUGCAUUGGAAAAGAGGUAUAAUAAUGAUUUAGGUUUCAAUUAUAAUUGGUUUUUAAAAGAAUUAGAGGCUCAACCAAUCGAGGAGCCCCUGUACCACUCUAUGAUGAAAGAAAAAAGAAAAAUCAACGCUGAGAAACUAUCACCGGAAGCAACAGCUGAUGAAACAAAUAUCGUUUUAAUUUUAGCCAAAAUCAAAGCAAAAGUUGUGCGGGAAAGAAUAAAGGUUAUCGAAUUCAUGCGUCAAUAUGAUAUUCAUAAUGAACACGUUAUAAAAAGAACAGAGUUUCUGCGAGCUUUGGAUCAACUACGUUGUAAUUUGACUUGCACAGAAAUGGGAACUAUUAUGAAUAUUUUCCAAUCACCUUUAAGAUCAGAUUCCGUGGAUUAUGUGAAAUUUGGAGAAGUUGUCGAAGAAGCUGUUGCUAUGGGAAGUUUAGAAAGAGCACCACUUUUAGUGCCUGUACAACAUGUGCCUUCGGAAGCUUCCCCUAAGACAUUCUUGAAUUUCGAUGAAAGGCACAUGGCCACAACGGCAGUAGACAAGCUAAGCAGAAUGCAACAACCGAAUCUUGAGGAGUUGUUCAGGGGCUACGAUAAAGAGAAUAUUGGUACAGUUUCGAAAGAGUGUUUGAUCAAAGUUCUGUCUAUCAGGCGUAUGCUAGAAUUAAUUAGCAACAGAGAACUGGACGCUGUGCACAAAUGUUUCUCCGUAGAAAGAGGUGGCCGAUUAGAAAUUGAUUAUCGAGCAUUUUUACGCGCUUUGUAUCUGAUGCAAGAGAAUAGAAAACAUCUGCCUUUCUAGCUAUCUUGAGCAUUGUAUUUUGAGUUAAAAAUAAACAUUGUUGAUGCGUGAAGAUAUAAAAUAUUUUAUAGAGGUAACUCAGAACAUUUGAACGAUAUUAUUCUGAUUGCAAUACUUGAAAUACCAUACAUAAUUUUUGUAAGCGUAUUUAAUGUAUAUUAUGUAUGAUAUGUAUAUACAUAUAUUUAUAUUAUACAAAUUAUAUUGUAUUCAUAAUGAAUUUUCUUAUCUAUUAA